AUGAUUGAUGCUGAAAAUAAAUGCGAAACAGUUUUUGUACAUCGAAGGGAUCCUGAAUGGUGCAAAAUACCACGAUUGCUGUGUCUUCCAUGUUUCUCGAGAAUGUUUUUAAAGGCAUUGAUUAUUCUUCGUGCUACGGAGUACCAAGAAGUAGUUGGUCAUUGGGUGUAUAAAAAAUAUACAAAGUCAGCUUGUUUGGGUUAUUAUGAAAAACCUGAUAAAGUGAAGAUCAACCUUUUUUGA